UCCCCCGCGGGCUCGAGCAACAGCUCGAGCAGCACACAGGAUAUGAGCGCCACAGAAGACAUGACCAUGCUCGACAUGAGCGACGGCGCAGAUAUGCCCGCAGACAUGGACCACGCCCAGGACAUGGAUGCGCUGGCGCCAGACCUUGGCCCGGAGGAUAUGCCGCCGCAGAGCGCGUGCAUGGCUCCAUGUGAAGCAGGGCAGGUGUGCGAUGAAGAGGCAGGCGCGUGCGUGGCCUGUCUCACAGACAACGAUUGCGAAGGGGAGCUGGUGUGUGAGCCUGACACGAACACCUGCGUGACCUGUAUUGACGAUUCACAGUGUGGCGCACCAGGUGCGCCAAGGUGUGAGCCUGAAUCCAUGGUGUGUGUCGCUUGCCUCGACGACGGUGACUGUGGAGACAAUGGCCGGUGCGAUACAGAAAGCAACGCGUGCGUCGAGUGCCUUGGAAAUGACGACUGCACACACCUUGGCACGUUCUCCUGCGAGCUCGAGUCCAACACGUGCGUCGAGUGCCUCGACAACACCGAAUGCACCUCGCCCCAGGCUGCAAGAUGCGGGGAGGGAAAUGCCUGCUCGAGCUGCAUGAUCGACGAUGACUGCAAACACCUUGGCCUCGCGCGGUGUGAGACGGGCACGUGUUACGAGUGUCUCCCCGAGAGCGAAGGCGAGGACUGUGGCGGCAACGCCUGUGAUCCAAAGACCUUCACCUGCACCGAGACGCCGCUCAGCACCCUCGAUUCCUGCCAGCCUUGCCUCGCAGACUCCGAGUGCGGCCAGAAUCAAGGUUGUGUGGAGCUCACGUUUGGCAACGUCACGCGAGGUUAUUGUCUGGUCGAUGGUGUCGCCGCAGGAGGAUGUCCAGCGCCCUAUGUCGUCCCGCACAACGGGGUCACCUCACGUUCUGGGGUGACCAGUGACUGGUGUGGCAUCAACGACCAGGUGACCUCGUGCGUGGCGGUGCGCCAGCGCGUCGAGGAUUAUCCGACCUGUGCGACCUCGGCGUCCUGUGGGUUGGCUGGAGAAGAUGACGCGUUUUGUGUGGAUGAGGGCAUCAAUGGUCUGGUCUGCACGUACCUUUGCACCCAGAACAGGCAAUGCGAUGAGACGCUCGAGGAGUGCAGGGAUGUGGCUGGCGAUGGCGUCCCUGGCAAGGAGCCGAAGCCGAAGGCGCCCACGAAUCAAACGAGCGCGAGCUCGACGAAGGUCACCACGCCUGAGACCUCGAACCCGCCCCCGGACCAAACGAGCACCAGGCCCGAGGUGCACGAACCUCUGACCAAACGAGGCAUCCUCGAGGAGAAGCUCUCGAAGAUGAAGGAUGUCAAGCUCUCACCAACAAACCCCCGCAAAACGUUCUGCCAGGACGCGCUGAAAGAACUCGCUGAGAGUAUCGCAGAGAACGGCGUCAUUCAGCCCAUCGUCGUCAGGCCACUCACUCCCACCACCUUCGAGGUGGUCGUGGGAGAGCGGCGCACGCGCGCUUCGAGGCUGGCAGGCAAGGACACCAUCCCCGCGCUUGUCCGCGAUCUCGACGAGGCCACCGUCCUCGAGCUCCAGUUUAUCGAGAACGACCAGCGCGAGGCCGUCGCGCCGAUCGAGGAAGCCGAUGCCCUCGACGUCCUCAUCAGAAAGCAUGGCAGAGAUCCAAAGGAUCUGGCCGCAAAAAUUGGCAGGCAUGUCUCCUACAUUCACAGACGUCGCCUCCUGUGUCAGUUGAUCCCCGAGCUACGCGAGCUGGUCAAAGCCGAACGCAUCACCCUCGGGGGUGGCGAGGCGCUCGGUCAGCUCCCCGAGAACAUGCAGCGCGAGCUCGUGAACGCCAGGUUGAAGCCGGACGGCGUGGACCAUGAAGGGAACUUCCUCUCAUGGAGCACCAAGAGUGUGCUCCAUGCCAUCAAGUUCAUCACGAGAAAGCUCACCCACGCGUCCUGGGAACUCGACGAGCAGCUCGGUGACCUCCCUGCCUGUCAGGGUUGCCCUUCUCGCUCGGGAGCCCAACCCGGACUCCCUGGGCUCCCUGCUGAUGCGGACGAGGAGGAACGCUGCCUCGAUCAAUCCUGCUGGGCCAAAAAGCUGACCGCAAAAAUCGAACAACUUCGCGAGCAGCGCGAGCAGGAGGGGAUGCGCAUCUGGACUGAGAAACACCAGGAGGAGCGCGCGAAAAACUACAGCGCGUUCACCACCUGCUCGAGCACCUGUUGGGCUGACCCCAAGCGCCGCACCUACGAGGAGCUGCUGCCAAAGGCGCCGCGUUACGUGUCCAUCGAAGCACAGAGCGGCGCAGUGCUCGAGCGCCACUACUUCUCACGCUCGGAUAUCCACUCCAACCUCGAGCGCGAGCACCACGAGAUCUACCUCAAGCUCGCCAACAAGAUGAGCGAGGAGGCGGCCAAAAAGCGCAAGGCCGAGCGCGAGGCGCUCGAGAAAAGAACCAGGGCGUGCGUGGCAUGGGCUGGGGAGCAAAAACCGACGCGCGCCAUGCUCGCGCUGCUCGCCAGGGCGACCAUGCUCGAAGCGGGGAGGCAUGAAGGAAAGAAGGUCGCGUCGAGGACCCAGCCAAAGGAUGAUCCUCGCGCCUGGGACAUCUACCUGAGAGAGCGCAUUGACGAGGCGACCAUCG